AUGAGAGAAAGGCUCACGAUUCCGUUCCAACACUUCGGGCUGGUCAACACAACAGAAGACCAUAUGGACAUGUUCACGCAGCAUCUACUUAUUAAAAUGGCGUGUGGCUUUCAUGUUCAGGCAUGCCUAGACCAGGCCCGGAUCGUGUACAAUUCGUAUAUGGCCUCAGGUGGACAGCAACAUAUUGAUCCAGAACUCAAGGAAACAAUUCUCUGUGCUGGCGUGGCAGCUGGUGGCAGACCAGAGUGGGAAUAUGCUCUUGAGAUGUUCGAGAGGACCGAAGAUUCACAAGUAAAACGAGAAAUGAUUUCUGCCAUGGCUUGCUCUCUGGAUAUACACAUUCUUAGUAGUUAUUUAAAUUCCACAUUAGGAGAAAAUGCAACGUUUGCGGAUAGGUAUUCAAUCGCUGUUGUGCUUGAAGUAACUGCAAGUGACACUGGCAGAGCUUUGGCCUGGGAAUUCCUCAAGAACAACUUAAAAGAACUACGAACAAAACACAAGUAUUUCAAAUGCAGAAAUCUCGCCACUGCUACCCGGAAAUUCAACAGGAAAGUGGACCUGGCUGAGAUCAAUACAUUCUGGACACAACAUUGCCAGAGCGAGAACCGUGCUGAUUUUGAAUCGGAGGUCGUGGAGCCCAUCAAGGAAAAAAUUACCUGGUGGAAGAAGUACUCACCAAGCAUCAAAAGUUGGAUGAUCAAGAAUGGGCUCAUUCGUCGUUAG